AUGCUAUAUAACAAUGAUUCCCUCUCUGCUGAAGUCUCUGAAUUCCUGCUGAAUUGUUUUGUCAGGGACCCCAUCUGGCAGCAUUGGCUGACCUGGCCCCUCACCCUGCUUUUCCUCCUGGCCAUGGGGGCCAAUGCCACCCUAUUAAUCACCAUUUGGUUGGAAUCCUCUCUGCAUGAGCCACUGUAUUAUAUGCUCAGCCUUCUCUCUACGCUGGACAUUGUGCUCUGUCUCACUGUCAUACCCAAGGUCCUGGCCAUUUUCUGGUUUGAUCUCAGGUCAAUCAGCUUCUCUGCAUGUUUCCUUCAGAUGUUUAUCAUGAAUAAUUUUCUACCCAUGGAAUCAUGCACUUUCCUGGUCAUGGCCUAUGACCGUUAUGUGGCCAUCUGCAAACCUCUUCAUUAUUCAGCCAUAAUCACCGACCAGUUUGUGGCAAAGGCUGUUGUUUUUGUCCUCCUCAGAAAUACAUUUAUGUGUGCACCUAUUCCCAUCCUCUCUGCUCGUCUCCAUUAUUGUGGAAAAAAUAUAAUUGAUAAUUGUAUAUGUGCCAAUCUCUCCGUGUCCAAGCUCUCCUGUGACAACAUUAAACUUAACAAAAUAUACCAGCUAAUUGCAGCCUGGAGUCUGAUAGGCUCUGAUCUCGUCCUAAUUUUCCUCUCUUAUACUUUCAUUCUUCGAGCUGUCCUAAGACUCAAAGCAAAAGGAGCAGCAGCCAAAGCACUGAGCACUUGUGGCUCCCACUUCAUUCUUAUUCUCUUCUUCAGCACUAUCCUGCUCGUUUUUAUAUUUACGCAUAUGAUCAAGAAAAAGGUUUCUCCUGAGAUCCCUGUGCUGCUUAAUGUUUUGCACCAUGUAAUUCCUGCAGCUCUCAAUCCCAUUGUCUAUGGGGUACGAACUCAAGAGAUUAAGCAGGGGAUUUGGAAAUUACUGAAGAGAAAGAGGUAA